GCAUAAAUAACACUGAGGAUAAGCAAAAAGCCAAAUCAUAACCCAAAAAAGGUUCAUUCUUUGGUGGGGCUUCUUCACUUCAGACAGAUAAAAAAGCUUCUUCCUUUAUCAAACCACCCUGGUUUCUCCUGAAAUCUCUCAACUUUCCGGUUUCCCGGCGAAAACCCAGAUGGCAAACGACGAUAACGGCAGUAACAGCAAUGACCCAUUACGCCAAUACUUGAUCAUCCCUAGAAUCAACCAACCACCGUCUCUGUUUCCUUUACCGGAGGAACACAACGACGUCACGAUUCCGAUGCCAAUGACUCCAUCGCAAUUCAAAAACCGAUUAAUCUUCGGCUCUAAAAAAGAUUCAUCUCUUCUCGUCGACGCUCUCUCUCAAAACCCUUAUUCUCCUUCAUCCUCUGCCACAACUUCCUUCUCCGAUUCACUUGACCUCCUUAUCCCACCUCCGGAGCCUAGUGUACUACCGGUGCGGAAACCUAAACCGGCUCGACAUUUCCACCGCUCUAAAACAGCUCCUGCUAUGGCUGCUAUCAACGAUAUAUCUCACCCAACUGAUCAGAAAACAGAGCAACCUGAUUCCAAAAUGGUUGUAAGACAAGUUGUUGUUUUGCUUGUUGUGUAUCUCUCUUUAGGUGUGCUUCUCUAUUGGCUGAAUCGAGAUUGCUACGUUGUUCAUCAGACUCAUCCUGUCGUUGAUGCUUUGUACUUUUGUAUUGUAACAAUGUGUACAAUUGGGUAUGGAGAUAUCACGCCCGAUACCGUAAUGACAAAGCUGUUUUCGAUAUUGUUUGUGCUCGUUGGGUUUGGUUUUAUAGAUAUAUUGCUUAGUGGAAUGGUUACUUACGUUCUUGAUCUUCAAGAAAACUAUAUGUUAGAAGCUGCGAGGAACGAUAGCUCGGAUGACAGGGAGAAAGCAAGAUCGUAUAUAAUCGAUAUCAAGAAAGGGAGGAUGAGGAUUAGGUUGAAAGUUGGGUUGGCAUUGGGUGUUGUGGUCUUAUGCGUUGGAUUUGGGGUUUUGAUUAUGCAUUUUGUCGAGGAAAUCGGGUGGUUCGAUUCGAUUUAUUUCUCGGUUAUGUCGGUUACUACAGUUGGGUAUGGUGACCGGGUUUUUCAUACAAUGUCCGGUAGGCUUCUUGCUGCCAUUUGGUUGCUUGUGUCUACUUUAGCUGUUGCUCGAGCGUUUUUGUAUUUGGCUGAAGCACGAAUUGAUAAGAGGAAUAGAGAGCGGGCCAAGAAAGUGCUUGGUGAAAACAUGUCUAUCUCUCAGUUCUUUGCUGCGGAUAUCGACCACAAUGGCUGUGUUAGUAAAGCAGAGUAUGUGAUAUACAAAUUAAAGAAGAUGGAAAAAAUAACGGAUAAAGACAUUAACCCGAUUGGUAACCAGUUUGACAAGCUUGACAGAACCAAUAGUGGAAGGAUUACUCUUCUAGAUCUCUUGGAAACCAGCACUGAUGACUUAUCCACUGCAACUUCUGUUUAGACACACACAUUAUAACAUGAUUGAUGAUUAUGAUGAAAAAUCUGCGGUUCUCGGUUUAGUUGAACCGGUUAACAUCUUGCUUUUCUUGCCCAUUUCUUAUAAUAGAAUGUGUCACCUUCUCUUCCAAGAUGAUUAUGAAGAUGAAGAAGUUUGGUUUUCGUAUACUUUGGUUUGAUGGCUAUGAUCAAGAGUUAUAGGGGUUUUUUUAAAAAAAAAUCUGUAUAUUCUUAAUUUCUGAUUGAUAUACUCUAGUUUGAUCAAAAUCUUUUGUUCACAAAUUUGGAAAGCGUGUAAGUGUUGAUGUAAAUAAUGAUAUUUUGGGAUUGUAAAAUGAGAUUUGAAGAGACGAA